AUGUCUGAAGCUCCCAAACCCCUCGUGGCAGCUCAUCUCGUCUACCCCCGCGUAACGAUAGAAUACUGCACCCAAUGCAAAUGGAUGCUCCGCGCCGCCUACUACGCCCAAGAACUCCUCUCAACCUUCCAAUCCUCCCUCGCCGAAGUAUCCCUCCGUCCCUCCCAAGGCGGAACCUUCAUCGUCUCAAUCGCCGCCUACCCACCCGCAGAGGAAGUAGACCCGGCGCAAGAGCGUGCUUCGGCCCCCGUCCUGGUGACAAAGGUCCUCUGGAACCGCGCUGUGGACGGCGGCUUCCCUGAGACGAAGGAGCUUAAGCGCCGCGUUAGGGACGUCAUUGAUCCAGGUCGGAACCUGGGCCAUAACGACCGCCAGCACGGAGCGGCUAAGCAAGUGACGACGGCGGCGGCGGCGGCGGUAGCUGCGACAACCCAGGUCGUCGCGUCUUCUGAUGAAGCUGCCGCAGAGAAGAAUAAGAAUGUGGAGAUUGCGUCAUCGGGAACAGACGCGGUUGAGAUUGGGAGCACGUCCUGUGCGCCGAAUUCCAAGGAAGGUUGUCAGGACUGCGAGUAA